CAGAUCGGAGGAGGAAGAUGGAGAGCAGGCCGCCAAUGCCAUGGUGCGCGUGCGACAGGGCGGGGACGACGACGACGAUGACGACGGCGAUAAAGAAGGGGCCAUGGAUGCCGGAGGAGGACCUCGUCCUCGUCUCCUACAUCCACGAGCACGGCCCCAGCAAGUGGCGCCACGUGGCCGCGAGCACGGGGCUCAUGCGCUGCAGCAAGAGCUGCCGCCUCCGCUGGACCAACUACCUCCGCCCGGGCAUCCGGCGCGGCCACUUCACGGCGCGCGAGGAGCGCGUCAUCGUCCACCUCCACUCCCUGCUGGGCAACCGGUGGGCGGCCAUCGCGUCGCAUCUCCCCCAGCGCACCGACAACGACAUCAAGAACUACUGGAACACCCACCUCAAGAAGAAGAAGGUCGUCGUCGAGGAACAGCAGCGAGCGGCUGCAGCAGCAGCCAAACGACACGUCGACGACGGCGGCAUCACCACCAGUCGUAGUCCCCGCCUGCUCGCCAAGGACGAUAGCUAUGGCUACGACUACGACGCGCGCCCAGCUGCAGCCUAUCCCUGUACCAUGGACAACGUAUCCAAGCCUCUCAAAGUCAAAUUAGGUUGCAUGAAGAGCGCAUCGUCAUCAUCCCCGCCGGCGCAGGAUGGUAGUAGUAGUAUCCGUCGUCCUUUCUUUUCACUCGACCAAACGUCCGGCAGUACGGCGCCGCUGCCACCCAUCUCCAACGUUGUGCCGCAGCCGGUGUUGGCGGGACAGGGACGACACGGCGGGCGUUUCUUCCACGAGCCGCCCCAGCAGCAGCUGUCCUCAAUAAUGGAGAACUGGUUAUUCCUCCCCAAGCAGCAGCACCAGCAGCAGAUGACGGCGAGCUCUCCGACUCCGACGGCUGCUGCUCACUGUCCAUGCUGUUUUAGCUAAAUUGAAGAAACAAGCACACAGAUGACGUAUACGAUAUAGCUAGUUAGCUACGUGAGCUAUGUGCGAGUUAUUUUCAGGAUAAAGACUAGUAUUCAUCACAUGACCCUAGCUAGGGGUGAUGAUUACUCAUUCUGGAAUAACUUAAUAAAUCUUCACGGACUGUAACGGUAUAUCUGCCAUAACAAUAAAAAAAC